UUAAAAGAUAGUAAUAUUAGUCUUUCUCUUUGUAAUCCAGGUUCUCAUCCAGUAGGUGAAAGGGUAAAACAGCAGCUGCUCUACUGCCGUGUUGGGAUUGGUUACCAUCUUCAGAUUCUGCCCAAUGGCUCUGUUGGAGGAGUCCACAAUCCCACUGAGUUCUCUUGGCUCAAAGUGUUUGCUAUGAAACAUGGAGUUGUUGGAAUCAAAGGAGUCAAGAGUGGCUUUUUCCUCUGUAUGAGUAAAGAAGGACAGGCAUAUGGAACGGAGCAGUUUUCUUCUGACUGCCUGUUGAAGGAGAACCUGGAGGAGAAUCAUUACACCACCUACUCCUCUCUGUCUCAUCCUGGCAACUACAUGGCGCUGUCACACAAAGGAGAGCUUAGAAAGGGCAGCAGUGUGGGCCGACACCAGUCCUGCACACACUUCCUCCCUCGAAGAGCAUCAUGAUCUGUCAAUGCAAGCCAGUGUCUUAACAACUGGAGACAAAUUAGAAAUAUGGUUGUUAGAAACAGAUUUAAUGUGAUUUCCAUUCAUACUGUAAGGCUGCCUUCCAUUUACAAGUCUGAACUGAGCGACAUCACCCUGUGGUUCACCACAUUCCAGUUGAGAAGUCGUAAAGAACCAUGGACACAAACCUAUCUUGGACUUACCAUUGUUAGCAAUACCAGUCGAUAACCUCAACACAGUAUUUUGUGCACACAAACAAAGCAACAUGUCUAUGGUGAAAUACUAAACAGUACUAUGUGACUAUGUAUGACUGAUUUACUGUGAAACAAAUGACAGAAGUGCUAUUAACGGUAAGAGUAGCAGUGUUUGUAAGGCGGGAGCCAUUUUGAAAUCCUAACGGGGUGGGUGAGGUAGCUCCAAGUUCCAAGUUUUCUUUGGAAAUCUGAGUUCAAGGAAAUGCAGUAAUUCUGAGUUCCACCUACAAAUGUAAUUCAUCAGCAGCAUUGUUUCCCUUGAAACUCAGUUUGCACUCUUACAGGAGCAGCAAACAUUCAAAUCUAAACAGGAUAUUUAAGAAAACCUGUUGGUGAACUUCCAUUUGAUUUAUUUCAUUUUAUUUUAAUUUAUUUUAUUUUAUUUAUUUAUUUCCAUAUUAAAAAGUGUACUGUAGAUUGUACAACAUAAGGAGUGUGAAUGAGAAUUGCCAGAGGAUUAAAGGUAGCAAACUAGUUGAUACAUAUAAUUUAGAUUGGAAAUAUCAGAAAAUAUCAGUUAUGUCAUCAUAUCAAAAAACCUGCUCUGUUAUUACUCCAAUAAAACCUGAUGUUGGGGAACAACUGUAGUGGCAAUAAUUUGAUUGAUAAAAAUAAAAUA